AUGUCUGAAGCUCCCAACCAGCCCCAAGAAUGGACGCGUUCUGUCACCAAUGACAAAGGCGAAAAAUCGCACUUUGUACUCUCCACGGACCGCUCCCUCCUCUCAAUCCCCGCCAUCAUUGCAGCAUUCAAUGAAGACUAUGUGUACUGGGCGCGCUCCGUCCCAGAGGCCGCAAUGCAACAAAUGCUUGAAAAUUCGAUCUGUUUUGGGCUGUACAAAUCCACAACAGGUCCCGACUCGAACGAACCCCGAACGCUAGAGCAGAUUGGCCUGUCGCGACUGAUCACGGACCGCGUCACCUUUGUCUAUCUCUGCGAUGUAUAUAUCCAGCCGGAAUACCAGGGCGCAGGCCUCGGCACUUGGAUGAUGGGCAUAAUACAAGAGGAACUGGAUAAGAUGACGCACCUGCGACGGCUGAUGUUGAUGACAAAGGGUGAUAGGACGAGGACUUACUACGAGCGGCUGUUUGGCGUGGAAGUGAUGGGAAAGGCCGGGCAGGCCUAUGUGAUGGGCAAGCUUGGGGCAGCGAACACCGUCUAG